AUGCCUCUCGGCCACAAGGGAUGCGGCCCACCUCUCCGCAUCAGCAGCACGCUGCUCCGCUGCCCCGGCCCGAGCCAGCAGGUGGCGCUGUUCCUCCUCAAACACUGCGCGCUGCGCCGCCAGUUGCUGCUGCUGCUGCUGCUGCUGCUGCUGCUGCUGCUGCUGCUGCUGCUGCUGCUGCUGCUGCUGCCCCUGCCAACACCGCUGAUUGUUAUCCACCUGCUGCUGCUGCUGCUGCUGCUGCUGCUGCUGCUGCUGCUGCUGCUGCUGCUGCUGCUGCUGCUGCUGCUGCUCGAGCGAACACCGCAAUUCGUUUGCCACCUGCUGUUGCUGCUGCUGGCAUGCCUGCUUCUGCUGCUGCUGCUUCUGCUGCUGCUGCUGCUGCUGCUGCUGGUGUUGCUGCUGGUGUUGAUGCUGCUGCUGCUGCUGCUGCUGCUGUACACACCCCUGAUUCGCUCCCGCCUGCUGCUGCUCCUGCUCCUCUGGCAGAAACUGCCACGGCGGCUGCUGCUGCUCCAUGACUGGUAG